AUGUCGCGACUCGCCGAUUCCGCCGCGACGUUCUCGUCGUCACGUGCGCCGCCUCCGCCCGUGCCCGCCGCCACAAGUCCUCCUCCGCCUGCAGCUUGUGGACCUCCUCACAAUACUACGACUACCGCUACUGCCACUGCCACUGCCAAGAAGAAGAAGCACCGCGGCCUCAUCCGCGCCGUGGGCGGCUUCUUCAAGCGCAAGUGCAGCGACGGAGACGAUCUCCUCGUGCGGCCGCCGCUCGCGAGCGACGCGUCGUCGAACCGCAUGACGCAGUGGAUCUACGGCUCCCACCGGCAGUCGAUGCCGGAGAUCCCUCUCGAGGUCAGUGACCCGCUGCUGUAUCAAGAGCGCGAGACGCUGACGUCUGUGUGUCCGCUCAUGGAAGAGAAGCCCGUGAACAGCCACAAGCGCGUCAAGCAGGACAAGAAGAAGGCAGUUGACAGGGAAGAUGACCCCCCGAACCCGUCCGAGCCAAAGGCUACUGCGUCGUUUGUCCAGGCAAAGCAGUCGCCGACGGACGUGUCGGAGCUCUUGGACGCCAUUGAGUGCAGUGGCGUCGAGUCGAAUCGGGAUCCGCUGCACGUGUCGUUCCUGAUCUUUGGCGGCAGCGAAGUCGACAGCACGUUCGAGCCCGAGCUGCGGCCAUCCGAGUUUGACAACGUGCACGGAAGUGAGAUCCGCCCCGUGCUGCAGAACAAGAUGCCGCUGUUUUUCUCGCUGCCGCUGGCCGAGCGCAUGCGCCGUAGCAGCGCCAUGUCGGACCCGAAAGAGUACGACUUGUAG